AUGGAUCUUGAUAUUUCAAACUAUCUUCAAAGUUUAAGAGAAUUAAAUGAUAAAAGGGUCAGAGAAGACGAACAAUUAGCAAGAACAUUAGAGGAAGAUAUCAGAAAAAGGAAGUCUCACAGUGCAAAUUUUUACUCGCAUUAUAACAGCCAGUAUGGCGAAGAAGAUCAAGAUCAUGAUUCUGACAACUCAAUUACUAUGUCAGUAAAGUCUCUUGAUCUAGAUUUUAAUGCUUACAAAAAGUCAAUUUUGAAAGAUGAUACCAAUAGCACUAAUGACAGUUCAAUUAUUAAAAGACAACUGACGAUCAAAAGAUCAAGGGAAGUAUACACCAAAAAUCGCCGGAAACCGUCUUCAAAUCUGUCUUUUAACAAUACCUUUGAUCCAAAUAUCAACAAUAUUAACAAUAAUAAGGAUAUUACAAAUGUUAAUUUGCAAAACUAUGAUGAUGCCUAUGAUGAACAAAUGUUGAAUUUGUUGUCUCCAAUUGCUAGACAAUUAUCACCUUCAAAAGCUACUCAAUUAAAUAUUGCAAAUGACGGUUAUACAAAUAAUAAUGUUAACAUAAACAAACCAAAAAUUAAUAAAAACAAACCUCUACCUGAUAUAUUUGAACAUAGCAAUCCCAUUGACAAAGACUUGUCUUAUGAAUCUGAUAAAGAAAAUAUUAAUUAUAAAAAUAAUUACAAUAAUAAUUAUAACAAUGAUAAUAAUAAUAAUAGUAAUAAUAACAAAAAUAAUUAUAACAACUUUAAUAGCAAUUACAACAAUGAUUCAAUCGAUUUUUCAAAUAGCCCUCUAAAAUACCAGUCCGCUUAUAAUUUUGAUAAAAUUGAAAACCUCCAAAAAAAAUUUGAUGAAAGUUUAUCUUUAUUGAAAAAUUCUCAAAAUUCUCAAAAUUCUUUUUCUAAACAAAAUAAUUCAAACAAAAAUUCUUCUAAUAAACUACAGUACACCAUUGAUGAUUUGGACAAUUUAGAUAACCUAGACGACUUGGAUGAAAUCAGGAAAAAAAUUGACAAUACCUCUUUUCGUUCCAACUAUAAUGAAACAACGGUUUUGGCUGAUAUCACAAGCAGUGUUUUGAGAAAUUCUGAAAGAAGAGAAAACCGCAUUAAAAGUCUUGAUCUAAACUUGAAUGACAAUUUAUAUCCUGAAAAUGACUUGAACUCUAAUUUUAACAAACCUUUGACCACUCAAACAAGAAAUGAGCCACCAAAUGUUUUUUUUAAUAACUCGAUUAUGAAAAGAUUGCAAAACUUUUCAACUAAAACUAAUUUUGAUGAAAGAAAUUUUGAUUAUCAGGAAUUUUUAGAAUUUAAAAGGAAAAAUUCCAUUAAAAUUGUCCCUGAACCUUCUUUUCCUUUAAGCUUAUCCAAAGAAAAUCGAAAAUCAACCUCUUUUACAAUCCAUAGUGAGCCUGCUGCCAAUUAUUAUGAUCAAAAUACAAAUAAUGAAUAUAUCAACGAAAAACCACUCAUCCUGCCCUCUCGAAUUAUUAAUUUGUCUGAUGUGGAAUCUGAUUCCGAAUCUGACCUAGAAAAUAAUUUUAAUAAAAAUAAUGAGCUAAAUCAAACAGCUUUAAAAAGCUCUUCUGAAGCUAAAACCAAUGGUGAUAUUGAAAUCUUAUCUAUCGAUAGCAGUGAGGAAAGUUCAGAUGAAAAAUAUAAGAUCAACCCUGAUUCGAUGGAUCUUUUAAGAAAGUUAUCUCAAAGAUCUGCUAAAAUCACAUCCAAAAGAAAAUUACCUUCACCUCCUCCUACAAGCAAUUCUCCAAGCAAAAUUGAACUGCCUACCAAAAUAAUUUCAAAUGCAACACUGAAUUCUAGCUUGUCAAUCUCAGAAUCUCAUUUAAACUUGAUUUCCAAAUUAUCUAAGAAAUCAGAAGAGUUAUUGGGAAAAAACAACACUCGAUCUACUUUAGGUCCAACACCAAAAACAUCAAAUAGAAACUUGAAAAGUGUUAACAACUCCAAGAAAAACAAACCUGAAAGUGAAUCAAGCAAGCUUCUAACUUUAUUGAAAAAACAUGAUGAAAAAAUUAAAAUGCAAAAAAAGAGUUCUUUUAAAAAUAUCAACACUAAAAUUUUCACGCCUAAUGCUCCAGAUUUUAAGGAAGACGUCCUUUCAAAUCCCAAACCAAAAACAGCUCCAAAAAAGCAUUUUAUUGAUUACAAUUCUACACCAGCUACCAAGGCUAUAAAAGAACCGGUUUCACAACUGAAAAGUGGUUCCAAUGAUUUCAAUGAAAGAAGGAAUAGAUUUGAAAAAAUUGGUGAGCCUGUAGAUCUUCCAAAAACUCCUCAAACAAAUUGUAAAGUUUUUGUCAAUUUAAAGGAAUUGCCUAAAGCCAAUUCUGACUUCAAGUCAAAAAUCACUUCUAUGAGUGCAUCCCCAGUAAGAAAUAAUGGUUUUAUUGCUCCUAAGAUGAUGUAUAGAAGUGUUUCUCCUGUUAAAACUGAUUCUACUUUUAAUAAACAAAAUUCAAAAUUUACGUCCAAUUUGAUGAAUUUUCAGUCUUCUUCACUGAACGAAUUUGAAAAAUCUUUAUCAUCAAAGCAUCAAUCAAAUAAGUUAGUUUCUCCAAAAUCAAGAGUUAAACAAGCAAUGGAGUUUUAUAUGAAUUCAACAGGAAAUGCUAAUAGCAUAUCUCCUACCAUGCAAAACAAAGAUGAUUUAAGUAAUCUUGAAGACAAAGGCUAUUUGAAUGAUGACACACCAGAUUUUGUUGCUCGGAAAAUCAUUAACACUCAAAAAUUAAAUAACAAUAAAUUAAAGAAUAAUUUCAAUUCAAAUGAGGACUCACCUUUUUUGAAAAAAACUGAAAAUCAAAGUUUAGAUUUACUUCAAAAGAAUAAUUUUUCAAAUGAAACUGGAAUUAGCGGUUUUACUAGUAACAAUACAAAACCUUUGAAUAUAGUUAAUCCAAAAAUAAUUAACUACAAAUAUGUUGCUCAUGUUCAAAAAACCAAUGAAGACAAUGAUAAAAGAAAUCUUAAUCAAUAUUCGCCUGGCCGAUCACCCCAGGCUGUCAAUUCUUUUAACACUCCAACUAAACCACAUUCUAAUCAAAUUGAGGUAAUAAAUUUAGACGAUGAAGAUGAUGACUGGAGCAUCCAAGAGAUCUCACCACCUAAACCUACAAAGUAUAAAGGUGGUUUUAUUUCAAGUGCUAUACAAAAAAACAAUUCUAGAUCUGCAUCUCCAUUCAAAAGCAAUAGUUUUAACAAAUUGGCUGACAUAAGUUACCACGAUAAUUCAAUUAUCGAUACUACUGAUACAUUAGAAGUUUCGCCACUAAAACCAAAAGACAAGGGUUUUUUUAUUGCAAGUGCAAUAAAAAGAACUCAUUCAUCAAGACCUUCUCGUAACAACUCCACCGUCGACAGAUAUAUUCCAAUGCCCACUGCCGAACAUGCUUUAUUUGCUGUUGCUGCUGCAAAAGCACCGGCAAUGAAAAAAUCAACGGCCAAUAAGCUGGAUUUUUCACCAGUUGAUAGAAGAACGUACUGGGGUUCUCCAUCACCACCUAAGAAAAACUUGGAAUCAAUCGCUGAAAAAAACGAGUCUACUAAACCAAUGAAAAAAAAUGUGAAUAGAGCAGACUCAGACGAAAAAAAUGAUUGGAUAAAUAGUGCCAUGCAUGCUUUUCCUAAUCAUACUCAACCAUCACCUAAUAGAGUUGACUCGAAAAUACCAAGUAGAGAAGCUAGUCCAACUAGAAGCCAUAUUGCAAAAUUCAACAGAAUGAUUGAUCAAGAGAAUCAAGAAAAGGAUUGGCUAGCCAGUGCUUUGCAAAAAUCUCCUGGGAAACACAUUACUUCUCUAGAUGAAUUAAAAAACUUGCAAGACACAUCAAUCACUCAAAGUGCUUCAAAGCGUUUUGGAUCAAUUAAAAAUCGAAUUAAUAAUUUCAAUGAAAUAAACAAAUUAAAUGAGCAGAAUGAAGAAAAUCAAGAAAAUGAAGCCGAAGAGGAAGUUGUUGCCAUACAAGAUCAGAUUGUUGAUCUUAAAGCUAUAUCGUUAAAAAAAACUAACCGAGAGCAAAACAAAGUUUUGAAUCAAAAUUUUGCAAUUGAAAUGCCUAAAGUUUCUUUAAAAAAAGUCGAUAAAGAUGUCAAGAAAACCACAAAAGAUUUUAACUCAGAUUUUCCGCCAAUAUUUGCUCAAUUAAAAAAAGCACCUCCUUCACCAAAAAAAGUUGAUUCGAUUCCAGAAGCUUUAAACCAAAUUAAUGUUCUUAGAAAAACCUCCAUAAAAAAGUUAAGGGAAAAUAGUAUCCCUGAAGCUAUUACUAAAAUUAAGAGCUUAAAAUCUCCAAAAGAAGUUGAAAAAGACUAUGAAGAAUUGCCUGAAGCAUUAGAGAAAAUUGAAAAAUUAAAACCAGCUGCUGUUGUUGAGAAACCUAAAGAAGAUGAUCCCGAAGCUUUAAAACAAUUGAGUAAAAUUGGGGUGAAUUUGUUUUCCAACCAUAUUAAGUCCAAGGUUGAGAAAAGAAAAUCAAAAGGAUCAGAUGAUGGAUUGGAAACAAUUUUGAAAACAUCAGCUCAUAAACUAAACAAAAUUGAAGGCAAGCAAAAGACCAAUGAAACAAAUCUUGAUGAAGAGGUGGACUGGGUUCAAACCGCUAGAAGAAGAAAAUCAGUUAUUGAUAUUGAUGGAAUGGUCCGAAAAGAUGAGAGCCUUGAAAAGGGUCCAGAAUGGGUUAAUGCUGCAUUAUCAAAAAGAAAAUCAUAUUCUUCAAUUAAAGAUUUUGGGAAUAAAUCAAAAGAAGAUGAUAAUAGUCAAUCGAUUAAAUGGGUAGCAGCUGCUAGAACAAGAAAAACCCUUCCACUAGCAACUAAAAAUGAUUCGCCUAGCAAAAAUUUUGCCUUUGAAGAUGAAGAAAACCAAGUUGAAUGGAUUUCAAAAGCAAAGUCUAAAAAAUCUUCUAACGAUUUGAAUCAUUUAAUGCAAGUGGAAAAUAAAUCAAACAAUUAUAAAAAAAAUAACGAAAAAGUGGAUUGGGUUGAUGAUGUCAAAUCUGGCAAACCAAUUGCUAACUUUGCUAAAGUGAAUGAUACUGGUCUUGAUUCUUUUUCCAAUAAUUUGCGCUCUCCAUCAAGCAAUAACUCAGAAUCAUUGAUAAGUUCAAUUACGUCUAGCAUCUUUGACAUGGACCAUGCCAUGCCUCAUAACUAUUCCAUGAACUCUUUCAAUACUUCCAUUGCUUCAAACAUAGAUUUUUCAACUUCAACAGUUGAUCAGUUGCUGGUAAGUCCAAGCAGAAUUGACUCAAUCAAAAAAAAUUUAGCCGAUUUUUCUAACAGAAAAAUAUCAAAAUCUUCUCUUCCUGCUUCCACCCAAAGAAUUCUAUCUUUUAGAGUAAGCGGUAAAGCAGGAAAUCCUUACAGAUCUGAUUUUUCAAAUAUCAGUACUAUUGAAGACGAUCCUAGUAAUGAAACCCUUGACUUACAUGAUUUUGUUCGAUAA